CAUCUUUCACAAACAUUUCAGAGGUUUGAGGGAUUUGGUAAUAGGAGCAACGAGGUGGCAGAUAGGAGUGAUAAUUGAUGAUUGUUAUAUGAUAGAUUUACAUGAUAGCCAAGCUCAGAGAGCAAGUAGGGAUCAGUGGCUUACUGCUCAUGCUGUUGAAACCUGGAACGCAAAGCGCAAUCGCAAAGCGCAAUCGCAAUUUUCUUUUAUUACAUAUUUAUCCUACAUUGCGGAACCAUAAAGGCAAACGGACAUGACGACUGACAUUGAGAAUCAGACUAUGGAGUUGCUUACCACAAUAGUUGAAGAUGAGCAGAAGAAUGUCACAUAUCGUUGGCUAAGCAGGAGCAUGGGAUACUCUGUCAAUAUUGCGAAGCAAUUUAUGGAAUCGUAUUUAGCGACUGUAGGCAAAGGAAAGGUUCAUGCAAGUUAUUAUGUAGCACGGCAGGAUCCCCAAACCGGCAACAGAGCCAUUUCCCUUAUUAGUCAUAAAGACCUUGAGGAUGCAAGGAAUGAUACAACAGUAACAGGAUACCAUAUCUAUAGUUUGGAACCCUCGCCUCUCAAAGACCUAUCUAUUCUCUCCGUUGUUAACUCUGAAGCAAACAUUCUACAAAGCGGCAAAGAUAUCAGUAUGUACAGGAUUGUCUACAGCGACGAGGCAAGUGUUCCUGAACCCAGCAAAGAAGCUUUGAGGUCAUCUGCGUCAGUAUCAGUUGUACAGUCCCAGAAGCCAUCACCUUCAUCUUCGGCUGCAAGUAUCGCAGAACAGCCAUUGACUGGAGGGCCGCUCACCAUGAGGAGCACAAGUAAAAAAGCCACACCGGCCCCAACAGCGGGAAAGUCAUCGAUGAUGAAUUUUUUUGGUAAAGCAGGCAAUUCAACGCCAAAGCUUACUACAGCUAGCACCGCGCUCUCUAGCACAUCUUCAGAUAGUGCAACCAAUCCUAUACCACAGAAACGUAAAGCUGAUCCUCUGACGGUGUUGAACACUUAUAAUGAUAAGAGCGCAAGAGAUGCAGUUCAUGGCUCGAAUGAAGAGAUCGACUCUGAAGAAGAAAGGGACCGUCGGUUAGCUCUCAGUUCACGUUUGGAUCAGAGCUUGAAGAAAUCAAGUACACACCUUGGUGAACCCCCUGUUGAUUUGGAUAUAAAUGCACUCAAGAAGCGACAGCGAUCUGCCCGGUUAUUAGCCAUGGAUGACGAUGAUGAAUUUGAGCAAGAAGAGGACAAGAAAAAGAGUAGUUUGAGCACAGACGAAGAUGAUGAAGAAUCGCUGGAGGCACUUUCUAAAGAGGCAAGAGAGGCACUGGAAGAGGAAAAAGAGAAGCAUCGCUUGGCACUGGAGAAAAUGAUGUUAAAAGAAUCAGAACCGGUCGAGAAUCAUAGAUUGGAGGACGAAGAUAGUGAGAUGAUCGAUGUUGAGGCAAUGGACGAAGAUAACAUAGGCUCUUCCGCUUCAAGUCCCAGACAUGUUGAAAGUAAGGCGGCUUUGAACCAAGAACCACGGACAAGACGUGUGCGAGGAUUCCGUAUGGUAGUAAAGCGCAAGACAUUCAGGAAUGAGCGUGGUUACAUGGUAACGGAGGAUGUGGUUGAGAAGGAGCCUUAUUCGGAGGAUGAAGCGAUUCCAGAAGACAUUCCUGCUCCUGCUCCUGUUCCUGCGCCUGCUGCAUCCAAGCCGCCGAAGUCAGCAGGGGCAGUGCGGGGCAAGAAUGAGACUCUACCUAAGAAGAAAGCUGGUACUGGUAACCAAAGCCUACUGAACUUUUUCUCCAAGAAGUAGAACUAUAGAAGAGGUCAUCAUUUUAAACAUGUCCAAUCCUAUUUUAAACCAAUUACUGUCACUUUCCGUCAUUUUUCAUUUGUGUUACCAAAAGGGGAGCUUACACAGACCCAUGCUCUUCUCCACAAAUGCGAAGUAAACUGUUGACAACGUCUAUUACUCUUCUUUCUGUCUGUUUUUUUACCUUUUUGACUUAAACAUCAACUCUUCUGACUCACCUUCUGCUGUGAUUCCAACACAGCUAUCCUCACAUGCAUAUCGCCCCUCCAAAGCCUCCACCUCAGCAGUCGACACUUCAGAAAAUACAUCAAGACUACAAUCUCACCUCAACGGUUACUGUACUUCUAGACAUAAUAACUCUACAGGGCUUAUUCCUGUAU